GGCCAGGUGAGGCCGUCCCGUGAUGCCCCGCGCCCCGGGCGCUCUGGCCUGCAACGUGUCUCUGGGGCGGAGGCAGUGGUAGUGGAGGGCGCUGCGCGCGGGUGGGAGCCCCCCUGACUGUUUGCUUGUGUCCAUCUUUCUGUCGUUGCGCUCGAGUCCCGACGGGCCGCGUCAGGCCUCGACAUGUCGUACAACUACGUGGUAACGGCACAGAAGCCCACCGCUGUGAACGGCUGCGUGACCGGACACUUUACUUCAGCAGAAGAUCUGAACCUGUUGAUUGCCAAAAACACAAGAUUAGAAAUCUAUGUGGUCACUGCUGAAGGGCUUCGGCCUGUCAAGGAGGUGGGCAUGUAUGGGAAGAUUGCUGUCAUGGAGCUUUUCAGGCCCAAGGGGGAGAGCAAGGACCUGCUAUUUAUCCUGACAGCUAAGUAUAACGCCUGCAUCCUGGAGUAUAAGCAGAGUGGCGAGAGCAUUGACAUCAUUACGCGAGCCCAUGGUAAUGUCCAGGACCGAAUUGGCCGCCCCUCAGAGACGGGCAUUAUCGGCAUCAUCGAUCCUGAAUGUCGGAUGAUUGGCCUACGACUCUAUGAUGGACUUUUCAAGGUUAUUCCACUCGACCGGGACAAUAAAGAACUCAAGGCCUUUAACAUCCGCCUGGAGGAGUUGCAUGUCAUAGAUGUCAAGUUCCUGUAUGGUUGCCAAGCACCUACCAUUUGCUUUGUCUACCAGGACCCUCAGGGGCGGCAUGUGAAAACCUAUGAGGUGUCUCUCCGGGAGAAGGAAUUCAAUAAGGGCCCUUGGAAGCAGGAAAAUGUUGAAGCGGAAGCUUCCAUGGUGAUUGCAGUCCCAGAGCCCUUCGGAGGGGCCAUCAUCAUUGGGCAGGAAUCAAUCACCUAUCACAACGGAGACAAAUACCUGGCAAUUGCCCCUCCUAUCAUCAAGCAAAGUACAAUUGUGUGCCACAAUCGAGUGGACCCCAAUGGUUCACGGUAUCUGCUGGGAGACAUGGAAGGACGGCUCUUCAUGCUGCUUUUGGAGAAGGAGGAACAGAUGGAUGGCACCAUCACCCUCAAGGACCUCCGGGUUGAACUCCUUGGAGAGACCUCUAUUGCUGAGUGCCUGACUUACCUUGAUAAUGGUGUUGUGUUUGUCGGGUCUCGCCUUGGUGAUUCCCAGCUUGUGAAGCUCAAUGUUGACAGCAAUGAGCAAGGCUCCUAUGUGGUGGCUAUGGAAACCUUUACCAAUUUAGGACCCAUCGUAGACAUGUGUGUGGUGGACCUCGAGAGACAAGGGCAGGGGCAGCUGGUCACAUGCUCUGGGGCUUUCAAGGAAGGUUCCUUGCGGAUCAUCCGGAAUGGAAUUGGAAUCCAUGAGCAUGCUAGCAUUGACUUGCCAGGCAUUAAAGGUUUAUGGCCGCUGCGAUCUGACCCUACCCGUGAGACUGAUGACACUUUGGUGCUCUCUUUUGUGGGCCAGACAAGAGUUCUCAUGCUCAACGGAGAGGAGGUAGAAGAAACUGAGUUGAUGGGUUUUGUGGAUGAUCAACAGACUUUCUUCUGUGGCAAUGUGGCUCAUCAGCAGCUCAUCCAGAUCACUUCAGCGUCUGUGAGGUUGGUCUCUCAGGAACCCAAAGCCCUAGUCAGCGAAUGGAAGGAGCCCCAGGGCAAGAACAUCAGCGUGGCUUCCUGCAACAGCUGCCAGGUAGUGGUGGCCGUGGGAAGGGCCCUGUACUACCUGCAGAUCCAUCCUCAGGAGCUCCGGCAGAUCAGCCACACGGAGAUGGAACAUGAGGUGGCCUGCUUGGACAUCACCCCAUUAGGGGAUAGCAGCGGGCUGUCCCCUCUUUGUGCUAUUGGCCUCUGGACAGACAUCUCGGCCCGUAUCUUGAAACUACCCUCUUUUGAACUUCUGCACAAGGAGAUGCUGGGUGGAGAGAUCAUUCCUCGCUCCAUCCUCAUGACCACCUUUGAGAGUAGCCACUACCUCCUUUGUGCCUUGGGAGAUGGGGCACUUUUCUACUUCGGGCUCAACAUUGAGACAGGCUUGUUGAGCGACCGUAAGAAGGUGACUCUGGGCACCCAGCCUACGGUGUUGAGGACUUUCCGUUCUCUUUCCACCACCAACGUCUUUGCUUGCUCUGACCGCCCUACUGUCAUCUACAGCAGCAACCACAAAUUGGUCUUCUCCAAUGUCAACCUCAAGGAAGUGAACUACAUGUGUCCCCUCAACUCAGAUGGCUAUCCUGAUAGCCUGGCACUGGCCAACAACAGCACCCUCACCAUUGGCACCAUCGACGAGAUCCAGAAGCUGCACAUUCGCACAGUUCCACUUUAUGAGUCUCCCAGGAAGAUCUGCUAUCAGGAAGUGUCCCAGUGCUUCGGGGUCCUCUCUAGCCGUAUUGAAGUCCAAGAUACAAGUGGGGGCACGACUGCCCUGAGGCCCAGUGCCAGCACCCAGGCUUUGUCCAGCAGUGUCAGCUCCAGCAAGCUGUUCUCCAGCAGCACAGCUCCUCAUGAGACCUCCUUCGGAGAAGAGGUGGAGGUGCACAAUCUCCUCAUCAUUGACCAACACACCUUUGAAGUGCUUCAUGCCCACCAGUUUCUGCAGAAUGAAUAUGCCCUCAGCCUGGUCUCCUGCAAGUUGGGCAAAGACCCCAACACCUACUUCAUUGUGGGCACAGCCAUGGUAUAUCCGGAAGAGGCGGAACCCAAGCAGGGCCGUAUUGUGGUCUUUCAGUAUUCAGAUGGAAAACUUCAGACUGUGGCUGAGAAGGAAGUGAAAGGGGCUGUGUACUCUAUGGUGGAAUUUAAUGGGAAGCUGCUAGCCAGCAUCAACAGCACGGUGCGGCUUUAUGAAUGGACAACGGAGAAGGAGCUUCGCACUGAGUGCAACCACUACAACAACAUCAUGGCCCUCUACCUGAAGACCAAGGGCGACUUCAUCCUGGUGGGCGACCUGAUGCGCUCGGUGCUCCUGCUGGCAUACAAGCCCAUGGAAGGGAACUUCGAAGAGAUCGCUCGAGACUUUAACCCCAACUGGAUGAGUGCUGUGGAAAUCUUGGAUGAUGACAAUUUCCUGGGGGCUGAAAAUGCCUUUAACUUGUUUGUGUGUCAGAAGGAUAGUGCUGCCACCACUGACGAGGAGCGGCAACACCUGCAGGAGGUCGGGCUCUUCCACCUGGGUGAAUUUGUCAAUGUCUUUUGCCAUGGCUCUCUGGUUAUGCAGAAUCUGGGCGAGACUUCCACUCCAACACAGGGCUCGGUGCUCUUUGGCACAGUCAAUGGCAUGAUUGGGCUGGUCACCUCACUGUCAGAGAGCUGGUACAAUCUCCUGUUGGACAUGCAGAAUCGACUCAAUAAAGUCAUCAAAAGUGUAGGCAAGAUCGAGCACUCCUUCUGGAGAUCUUUUCAUACUGAGCGAAAGACAGAACCGGCCACAGGCUUUAUCGAUGGGGACUUGAUUGAGAGUUUCCUGGAUAUCAGCAGACCCAAGAUGCAGGAGGUUGUGGCAAACCUACAGUACGACGAUGGCAGUGGUAUGAAGCGAGAGGCCACCGCAGAUGACCUCAUCAAGGUUGUGGAGGAGCUAACUCGGAUUCACUAGCCAAGGACAGAGAUCCCCUUUCCCACACCCUCCCCUCCUCCCCCUUCUCUACCAUUGUCUUCUUGGCCAUGGGAAGCGUUUCCCUAAGCCAGCUUUCCCCACACGCACAGUGCACCUGUGUGGAAAUGGGGUUUCUUAGAACUAAAUCCAGUUCACUAGAGACCUGAAAUAGGCUAAAGGUGAAAUAUCUUCUCCAUGGAUUUUCACCAGUCUCCCAUGAUUCCAGCCAUCACCUUGGACCACCAAGCUUCAACUGGUGUUGGCCACUUUUCCUCGUUCCAGGGAGGGAUUAUGCCGCUUUUCGGCUGAAAGGAAGCUGUGUGUGUGUGUGUGUGUGUCUCAUGCAUUUUCCUCUAUCUUUUUAUUUAGGUUAGGGGUGUGGAAAGGUUGUGUGUAGGGGGAAGAGGGGUGGGAGGGUUUCAUAGUCUUUGGAGUGUGAGCUUCCUUUUACUUUCUUCUGUUGCCUCUGCAAACUUUGGGGCCUGGAGGUUUGAGCACCAGGCUAUGGGCUGCUGGAGAAUAAAACCUGGAGAUGGUGGAUGAUCCCCAAGCCAUGGCCCUUUUGUCUCUGGAGAACCGCCUUCUUCGGAGGGAAGGAGGUGGGGUAUGUGUGAAUUGGUUGUUAGUUUCUGAGUUUUACCAAAUAAAGUAGAAUCUAAGAAGAAAAAUA